UGGAAUGGGACUAACUUCACGUCAUACUUCUCUUUGUGUCAUUCCGAAUGUACUGCGAUGAUGCAUACACUCACACACGUAUAAAGUGACUGAGUAAAUUGUGAUUUCCAACAAAAACAUACGAAGUGAUUAAAUUUGUGUGAAAGUUGUGCUUUUUUACGGGAACAAAAAAGUAUCGUAAAAGUGACAAAAAAUCAAUUCAAUCAACCGAAUUUACCAAAAUACUAUCAACAUACCAGGCGUAGGAUAAUUUACCGUAAAGGAUUAGUGAAAUAUCGACGUUGAAUCAACGAAAAUAACCAAAAAUAUGUCGUACGCGUAUUUGUUUAAGUACAUCAUCAUCGGUGAUACGGGUGUUGGUAAAUCGUGUCUACUGCUUCAGUUCACCGACAAGCGUUUUCAGCCCGUGCAUGAUCUGACCAUUGGCGUUGAGUUCGGCGCUCGUAUGAUCACAAUUGAUGGAAAACAGAUUAAACUGCAAAUUUGGGAUACGGCUGGACAGGAAGCAUUCAGAUCAAUCACCCGUUCCUAUUACCGCGGCGCCGCCGGUGCAUUGUUGGUCUACGAUAUCACAAGACGGGACACGUUCAACCAUCUAACAACUUGGUUGGAAGAUGCCAGACAACAUUCGAAUUCAAAUAUGGUCAUAAUGCUAAUCGGUAAUAAGAGUGAUUUAGAUUCGCGUCGUGAAGUGAAGAAGGAGGAAGGUGAAGCGUUCGCCCGUGAACAUGGUUUAGUUUUUAUGGAAACGUCGGCUCGUACAGCUGCAAAUGUUGAAGAGGCAUUCAUCAAUACGGCCAAGGAAAUUUACGAAAAAAUCCAGGAAGGUGUCUUCGAUAUAAAUAAUGAGGCAAAUGGCAUUAAAAUCGGACAACAACAUUCCCCAACAAAUCCAUCGUUACCCGGCCAGUCGCAGGGUGGUCAAACUGGUGGAGGUUGCUGCUAAUUAGCUAGUUUAAACCACGGAACUAAAAUUUAAAUUUAAAAAAUUAAUUUAAAAACAAAAAAUAAUGAAAAAUGAAAUCAAAUGCAGACAAACAGAAAAAAUAUUUACAAUUUUUACGGUUUACCAAUAUUCGAUGCGCGGUGACGGAACAGACCGACGUGUUUGUAGCUUAAAGGAUUUUUUGUUUGUUUUUUUUUUUCAUUAUUUUCAUUCAACAUUUUAUAAAAAAAAUUGUUUCUACAGCUCGAAACCGGUCCGGUCAACCUGAACCUGACCUGAAAUUAUAUGCGGAACCUGAGUUGAACUAUUUCAGGUUUCGUAUGAUCAAACGAUUCGUCCGGAUUUACGAGCGCGAUAUCAGAUCGAUGUUGAACUGGAUCCUAAUAGUUAUUCAGUUCAACUGAUUCAGGUUCAGGUUGGAGCUUUUAUCCCUUUUUCCUUUUGUUUCAUAAUUUUCCGAUUAGAGUAACUUCGAUCGUGCAAUUGCUUGCGGAAUUUUUCAUAAUUUCUUAUUGAAGCUUUACCUAAAGUAUAAAGACUCUGACAGCACUGCAAACAUUUAGCGCAUCACA